AUGGCGCCGGAAGUGAUCCAACGACGACAGUAUGGGAAACCCGGUGAUGUCUGGUCAGCCGGAGUGCUGCUACAUGUCUUGCUAACUGGCACACUUCCAUUUGUCGGAUCUCGAGACAGGCUACGGGAAGCGAUCUGUCGAGGGCGGGUGCAGAUGGAGACACCACUCUGGGAUCCCAUUAGUGAGCCGGCAAAAGAUCUCAUACAGAGAAUGCUCACAACCGACGUGAAUCAUAGGAUCACCAUCCAGGAGGUUCUCAACCACAAGUGGCUCAGAGAUCGUGAUAAGGGUGCAGCCCGUAUACAUUUAGGUGACACUAUAGAAGAGCUUAAGAAAUUCAAUGCGAGGCGAAAACUGAAAGACGCCGUAAAAGCAGCCAUCUCCUCGUCGAAGUGGCAUGCUCCGUAUUCAGAAGCUAAUGGCGACAAUUUCUCUGACGUCGGCGAUGACGAGAUAACUACAGGCGCUGUAGCUGAAGUUGUGGAUUGCUUGGAUGACAUUGAAAUUCUUGAGGAAAGUGACAGACUCUUGCGGUCGGAAGUUCUUAAUGCCGUUGAUGAUCAUCGAAUUCGAGUCAUCUUAGAGUUAAUGUUCAUCGGCGACGCCGAGCUAGCCGGCGAUCUGCUCGAAAUCGCGGGUUUCCUGCUUUAUGACAGAAUCUCAGGUCGUGUACCAGCACCGUAUCGAGCACCACAAACGGAUGCGGCUCAACGUGCUCGUGACGUUGAAGAGAUCCUUCGGGAAGCAGAGCAUUCGGCGGUGCGAAAUAUCGAUAGAGCCGAUCUUCGAGAACUUCAUGAAUUAUUGGUCCAGCCACACAUGAGGUUUGAGAUUGCAUUGUUGCGUCAAGCAGUUAUUGCUAAAUCGAUCGUCGGUAGUUACGGGCUGCGUCAUGUUUGUAAUAACCCAAGCGUUAAUCAGGCACGACUUGAUUCGUAUUACAUUACGAAUCAAUAA